AUGGCCGAAUCAAAUGGCCUAGAGAAGCCCCUUCAUCAACAACUGGAGAAUGGCGCAGAUUCCAAGCAGCAUGAGAAAUUUGCAGAUGCCGAGGCAUCUAGUCUUGAAUCACCGACCUUUGAAGGCGUUGAUGAAAAUGCUGUCCUCCGCAAGAUGGAUAUCCGUCUGAUUCCUAUGCUUAGUAUACUAUAUCUACUAGCAUUUCUAGAUCGAGGCAAUAUUGGCAAUGCGAAAAUUGAGGGGCUUGUAGAUGACCUCCAUAUGACGGGGCCGCAGUACAAUUGGACUUUGACCGUCUUCUUCUUCACAUACUGCGUCUUUGAAUUGCCGAGCAACCUACUUCUGAAGAAACUCAGACCGUCCAGAUGGCUACCAUUGAUCAUGGUUGCUUGGGGAAUCGUCAUGACUUUGAUGGGAGUUGUCAACAACUACGGUGGACUACUUGCGACUCGUCUUUGUUUGGGCGUUGCAGAAGCCGGUCUGUAUCCCGGUGUCGCUUACUACAUCACUCUCUGGUACCCGCGCCAUCGAGCACAAUUCAGACAAGCCAUGUUCUUCAGCGCGGCCAGUGUAGCCGGUGCAUUCUCUGGACUUCUUGCAUACGCCAUCGCUAAAAUGGACGGCGUUGGUGGAUAUGCUGGCUGGAGAUGGAUUUUCAUCCUCGAAGGGCUUCUGACUGUUCUUGUGGCGCUUGUAGCCCCAUUUGCCAUACAUGACUCCCCGGAAACUGCUACUUUCCUGACUGAAGCGGAGCGUCGGUUUGUGCUUCACAGUCUACGGAUUCAAAAUUCGUCAGAUUCGCAUGAAAUGGUUACCAAGGAUGAUAAGUUCCAAUGGCGCUAUGUCUUCGACGCUUUCACUGACUGGCAGAUUUGGUUGGGCUUGUUCAUGUACUGGGGUAUCACUUGUCCGCUAUACGGUAUCUCACUUUUCCUUCCCUCUAUUAUCAAGGAUUUAGGUUACAAGUCAUCGACUGCUCAGCUCCUCACUGUACCGAUCUAUAUCACGGCCGCAAUUGUGGCUGUCAUUGCAGCGUGGGUUUCAGACAGACGCAAGCAGCGCUCCCCAUUUGUUCUAUUCUUCAUGGGCAUGAUUGCCAUUGGAUUCAUCGUCUGCCUUGCAUCCACCGGGCGUGGUGUGCCUGGCGUGAUGUACUUCGGAAUAUUUGUCGCGGUAGUUGGUAUCUACCCUGCAUUCCCUGGAAAUGUCACAUGGCUCAGCGUCAAUAUGGCGGGCGACUACAAGCGAGCCGCUGGCAUGGCCAUCUAUAUUGGAAUCGGAAACUUGGCUGGAGCUAUGUCGUCAAAUUUCUACCGCGCUAAAGACGCGCCGAAUUACAUUCUUGGUCACUCUCUUGAGCUGGCGUUUGUUGUCGUUGGCAUGAUAGCGGCAGUCAUCUUACGACUGACAUAUCAGAGUAUUAACAAGAAGCGCAAUGCUAUGGAUCCUUCGGAGUACCCCUUGGAUCCGGACUCCUUGGGUGAUCGCUCUCCACUUUUUAGAUACAUGCUUUGA